UUUGAGUAUUUUUUUGGGGGGGAGGGCAAGAGAUCAUUUUGCAUUCAUUUUGUGCUAUCGAUGUGUCCAGUGGGAUCUUUAUGGGCUCGGUGGAAAUAUUCACUGAUACACCGAUCACGUGUUUGACUGCAUGUGCUCUUUGGCCUCACCAACUUUUCCAUUGCGUUAGCCAAACUGUCAGGAGGUUCAGGCAUUGAUGUCCAGUGGAUCUGAGCCAUAAUCCAUCGAUGCGGGGGAAAGGCGCCGGUGGCUGUGCUUGUUCAUGUACUUCCUGCAAAGGAAGAUGUGUCAUAUGUGCAGCAACAAAUACGUUGUUGGGGUUGGGGGGUGUCGCUGCGUUGUCUCAACACUUCAAUUUGGGUUGCCAGUUCAAUGCGUUUCUCACUACCUUUUGAAGUAUUAGAUUGCCCAUUGCACUGACAUAAUAGGGACAUCCCGAUCAAUAGCUUGCCGCUUAACAUGUAUACUGUAAGCGUGACUGUUGGUCAGCCGCUAGUGACAAACUCAUUAGCACUGCUUCGUUCCGCCUUGACCUUGAUCUUUCAUCAUUAGGAACUUCCAAUCAAAAAUGGAUACAACCAAAACAUAGGUUCAAGAUGACUAUUGCAACAACAACUAACCAGUCUUAAGUACUCUGUAGUAUUUUUUUUAUUUAGAGACGGAUGUUCUGGAACGGAUUAAUGACGCUAACCAACUGAUUUUUCCAUAGAUUCCGGCCAGUGAAUGUGUUUCUAAUGUGUUUCAUGGACGUGAUGCACAGUUUCUAUCUGCCAAAGUUGACACCCAACAACUGACCCCUCUGUCAUUGGUUGACACGGGAGUCAAUUGAAUUGUGUGUGUGUGUUUCUCACACGCUUCAGUGUUCAUUUAGAAAGUGCAUCACAGCGAGAACCUCAUUUGGCUUCUGGGACAACGCAUCAGUGAACAUCAGUGAACAUCUCUUCCGCCUGCUGCAGCUGCUUUGGAGACUGGCAGCUGAAGGUCAAAAAUCCGAAAUGUGUGACCAUCAAGAAAAAACCAAGAGCAGAAAAAACAUGGAUGCCAAACCUCACGUAACGAAGCAGCACCGCCCCAAACAGAAGAAGGUCCAGCCGUCCGAAGAUGACGACACCCUGGACAGCACCCAUUCCACGGCGGAGGACAGCCUGCUCAGCGAUCACCGCCCCGACCAUCGGAAUCGAUCUCACCUUUACCACCGCAAGCAAAUCCACGGCCGCCUCUCUCUUUCUGAGACCUCUUUGAAUUCUUCAUUCAGUUCCUCUUCGUUCUCUUCAUCCUCUUCAUCAACAUCCGCCUCAUGUUCUUCCUCGCCGUCUCGCUCCUCCACCACUUCGGAGUCUUCCUCCAGUGUAUCGUCCGAGAGCAGCAGCGGCUGUUCGGGCAGAUUUCUCCUUAGGAGACCUCAGCAUUCCCUGUCUUGCACCGACAUUUCCAGGAAACACAAGUACGGCGAAGAUGCAGAAGAAACUGCGCCUUUGAUUGACAACAGAGAUCAUCUACCCAAGCAGAAACAAGGAGCCCAGAAGAAGAUGCAAAAGGCCGCAAGAACAUCAGCCAAUAAUGGAAGUUUCCGCAAAUCCAAAUCGAUGGAGGCGCUCACUUGCUCCGCGGAAAGAGAAGGUCAUGCCACCGAGGACCAAAAAGAACAGGAGAAAAGAAAAAACGAGCUCCGCCAGAAUGUUAUGAAGGAGAAGAUGAAGUUCUCCGCCUUCCUCAAUGAGAUCACUCGGCAGGUUCUCAGCCCCAUGAGGCUCACCACUCUUGGGGUGACAGAUGCGCAAACGCAAAGCAGCCCGGGGUCCGCCUCCGCUAGAUCCAGGAAGUUAGAGAGCGACCAUCAGCAGACGAGUCGACCCGUGAGCGCCGACCCUGUUGGCAAGCGUUCCCACGCUCAGCUUUCCAAGUCGUCCCGCCACCGUCGCCGCCACUGCUCUCCAGAUUCCAGCCAGACCAUGCAGGCCAGGCCCAGGAGCUGCACCGAUAUAAGCUGCUCGGAAAGACGUCCAUCGCGGUCUUCUCAGCUCUGUGACGACUCACCAUCUUGUAAACGCCGCCAUAGGUACCACGGAAGCCGUAUACGUCAUCGGUACCAUCACCGUGGCGACUGCAACGCCCCGAAUUAUCAUCACCGCAGCAUAAGUCCUCACCAUAACCUCAGAUACUACAGUCCUGUCUUUUCUGAUCAUGGAGACCUCGAUGGUUCCUCUUAUCAUCAUCAUCACAACAAACAUCCUCAUCGCCAAGACAACCAUGAUGGAGAUCACUACAGCCCAGAUGAUCACCAUCAUCGCAGGGACUACCAUGACUCUGCUAGCCAACACCGCCACGACCAGCAUUUCCAUUAUCAUCAUGGACACCAUCAUGGUCAGGUUCCUCGCCAUGGAGAUCAUCACUUUAUGAGGCAUUACCAUGAAGAGCACAACCACCCAACCCACCUUCCUCACGAGAUUCACGACAGUUCAUCACAGGACCACAAACACCAUCCAAGUCCAGGUCAUCACCACUGCAGCCACCCGGAUACAAAACAGCCCGUGACGCCACGUCGUGGAAACCACGGCCACAGCUACGACUACAGAGACCCAAAACAUCACCACCGUGGAGAACACCAUGGCCUUCCUCGGCACCACACCUCCAAGGAGCAGCAUUACCACGGCGUUUCUGACAGCGAUCCUCAGCAAGGGACGCCACAAGCUGGCGUCCAGCAGCUCUACGGCGGAGGCCACCAUCCACACCAGCGAGAUCACGGUAACCGUGGAGACCGCCACAGUUCAGGUCAUCAGCAUCAUCACGGAAACCACCAUAGCCCAAACCGUAAGCAUCACCACGGAGAUAACCUCAGCGAGGCACCGCAACCUGACGCCGAUAACAGUUUAUGUCAUAAACACCGACGUGGAGAUGAUCGUCAGCAUCACCAUGGAAACCAUCAGCAACACCGCGGAAACCAACGCAGUCACGGAGAACGCCAAAGUUCAGGGCAUCACCAUCGGGACCAUCAUCGUCCGAGCGACCAGCAUCACAAUCGAGACCACCGUCAGCAUCACCAUGGAGACCACCAAAAUCAGAACAGCCAUCAUCACUACGACGACCACCACAGCCGCGUCCAUCAAAACCACCACGGGGAUCAACGCCAUCAUCUCGAGUCCCACCAAAACCAAACCCGCACCAAAAAUGACCUCGAACUCGAACACAAGGACGCCCGCGCUGAUAUCAGUCGGCAUCCUCUAGAUGGUCUGCCUCCACACCAGAAGAACCCGACCAUCAGCGGCUUCUGCGGUCAAGAAGAAGAACAGACUGACUUCAGUGGCCCGUCUUUACCGCAAGAAACGGCACACGAAAUGGGCAAGCUUAUGGUCCUACAGAAGGACAGCGAAGACCUCCAACAGAGUGUGUUGAAGUCAGCAGUCCGGAUGGAAUGUUUAGGAGAAUUCCUAAGCAGCCAAAAGCUGCUGGAAGAGGAGCUCCAGAGGACGCGUGUGGAACUCAGCAACCUGACGGAGAAUUUUAAAAUCCUGCAUGAGAACUGCUCUUCCACACAGCAGACCAAUAACCUGCUGGAGCAAAAGCUUAACUCUGUGACUCAAAGUAUGGAAGGAGAGCGUGAGAGGUUGAGCCGACGUAUUUCGGCUUUGACGGAACAACUGGCUGGUGCCAGGUUUUCCAACAACGUGGACACAAUGAACGUGAAGUCCGCGUUAAACAAAAGCAACAACCAUUUCCAUCCAGAUGAUGCCAUGAAUCAGGGGAUCCUCCCCAUCACCCCUCCUCCUAUCCAGUUCAUGGACAGCCAGACCUACGAGAAAGUCAAAGCAGCCGGACAGGAGCAAAGUCUGGGUUCGGUUCCAGAGGAGGAGGAGUCAGACUGGUCGGAAAUGGGGGAGGAGAUCCCGCGAUUCAUACUGACGGGAUCAAACAGAAGCCAAGCCUGGCGGCACCGGGACGGAGACGCGGACAAGGAUAGCGAGUCGGGAGGUGAGGAAGUGGUCCGACGUCACUCCCCCCGACCUCUGCAGAUACCUCAUCUCCAGUUCACCAUCCACAACGAAAUUUUACCCGUCACGCAAAGCAACGCUUGCCCCUCUGGCAUGGCAGGCGAGAGCACAUUCCGGAUCACCACCAGUCAAAACCUCGGUUCCACCAUUCUGAUCCGGUCAGCCAGCCUGGAGGAAAUCCCUCUCUCGUGCCACCAGAUGCCAAAGGAGCUGAGAGGCACAGAGGCCAUGAUGGACCUGCACCACCCGAGGGACCAAUCUAUCGAGGAUUUAGACAACGAGAUUAUCCAUCACUGGAGAACAAUCAACGAAAGGGGCGGGGGGGCACCCGAGGCGGAUAGCGCUCCGUCCAGUCUCCAGUCAGUGGAGCGGAUGCUCAACCAGUUCAUGUGCGAGCCGCAGCCCGGCGAGGGGAGGUGCCAGGGCUGGACGGGGGGGAUGGCAGAGGAGGUGUUCGGGGGCGAGCAAACCCAGCUGUGAUGCAGCAUAUGAUGAUAAUUGUUCAGUUACAUGUUUGUUGUCAUGCUAAUGUUGCAGUGGGGUAAAAGAGCUGAUAAUUCAGGACCACUGACAGCUCCAACGGUGGCUCGCUACACAUUCGCCAUCUUAUACAGUCAAAAUAUAUUCAUUUUUAUUAAUUUUUCUCCAAAAGUAAAAAAAAAAAAAUCAUGAAUCAUGACCACUCUUUGCAAGUAGCAUCUUUAACGCAUGCGCAUUAUGGCCACACCCUCCGUCAUGGCACAUAACGUCCCCCCCACGCAGUCAGAGUCAAAAUAUAUUCAUUUUUAUUAAUUUUUCUCCAAAAGUAAAAAAUUAAAAUAAAAAAAUUCCUGAUAAUGCAGGUGUAAUGUACACCAUAAAAGUACCACUCUUUGAAAGUGGCAUCUUUAGCGCAUGCGCAUUAUGACCACACCUUCCGUCAUGGCACAUAACGUCCCCCCCCCACGCAGUCACAGAGUCAAAAUAUAUUAAUUUUUCUCCAAAAAUAGUCCAACGUUCUUUUAAAACUUCAUUCUGAGCUCCAACAACGGUCCAAUGCCCUCAUCUUGUUCUUCUCUAACCCUCAAACAUCUCAAAUCCUCCUCGGAACGAUACUUCCGCAUUCAAUUCACUACACAACCGCGAGCUGCAUUCAGGGACACUCCAAAAAUCACCAUAACGUUUUUUUACGUGUGUAUUAUGAGGGAUAAAACCUGAAAUUGUUCAGCCGCCCGUGAAGGCACUUUGUGUGCGGUUAGGUAAAGUUUGUUUGGCUAGGAAGCUGCUAGCUUCAGUCACUGAUCAUUUAAUUGUCAUUCUUUACUGGUGAGUACUUAUACCGGACUCUAACCCCCACGGAAAUACUUAUCUUCUGUAUUGUAAAAUUACGUCUGAAUAUGUGAUAGUUAGUCUACUGGUAUACGCUAGCCUUUACAUGUUAAACCCGAUGAGGGUAGAAAAACCCAUUUUCUGUUAAAGUGGCCUGUUUUGUGACGUAUGUAUGUAGCAGUAGUCUUUCUUAUAGAUCAGUACAAUUGUAAUAUGAAUGCAAACGCUUGUGUGCUAAAACUCCUCUGUAAUAAAAUUGUCCUGCUAAGAGAAUAUACUACUAAUAACUCAAAUAAAGACAUAUUAAACACCA